CAUAUUUUAUAUUCUAAGGCACAUGUAUCGAGGCGUCGGUUGGACGCGUGGCUUUGGAUGGAGUUGCGGGGCUCAGCUGGAGUCUUCUGGAGAUAGAAUAUCCUACAGCUCAUUUUUUUUUGCUUGGGGCCUUGGCGGACGUUGGAAAUAGAACCCGGCGCUUCAGCUGCUUGUAGAUCCAUUGUGGCAUCCUAGUACUCAACGGAGAUCUCUGUUGAACGGCAUGAGCUAUCGGUGACAAGGAUCAGGCAGCAGUUGUGUCGCGCGUGAUCGUCAGAGCAUGGCGGAGGGAGGGGAUGCGGCCGGAUCUGGGAGCAGACAAGGUGGGGGAGAAGUAGCCACCGGGAAGAAGGAACAUGGAAGUCUGGCUUUGGUGCAAGGGCACAUCGAGGUUGGUAGCUCCCGUGUUUCCCCAGGUCAGAUCUAUCGGCUUGUGCAGUCAUUUUCACCAAGGAAAAGGGAGCUUGUGGAGGCAAUUGGUUUCGGUGGUAUGCUGAAUGUGCCUAAUCUGACCAAGCUGAACCUGAAGCUUAGCUUAUGGUUGCUGAAUCAAGUUGAUAUCGAAUCACAAGCAAUUGUGGUUGGUGAUAACCAUAUGAUCCGUUUCUUCGAUGGUGAUGUGCACAAAGUGUUUGGAAUACCAUGUGGGCCACGGAAAAUUGAUGGACGUGAUGCACAUGUAUCGCAAGAAGCAGUGGCGUUUAUGCGGGAAUCACUUGGUCUAGUCGACCGGGAAUCCCACAGUUUGAAACGCAUCGAGAGUUUCCUGACAAAGGAACUAACAGAAAGCUCUAGCCAGCUGGAGCACGAAUGUUUCCAAAUUGCUUUUGUUAUUUAUGUCAUGGGCCAUCUACUAGCACCAUCAGUAAAGCAUGACUAUGUCAGCAUAGACUACUGGGGCGCUUUGAAGUGUGCUGAUCACAUAGUCCACUAUAACUGGUGUGAGUACGUCAUCAGAUGUGUGUUGGAAGCUGCAAGUAAAGUUCAGUCGGCAUCUCCUGCGAAGGGAACAAUACAACUUCCAGGAUGCCAUCUGUUCCUUCAGGUGUUUUAUUUGGACAAUAUUGAUGUUGGGCCAUACAAUUUGCCGCACAAUGUGUUCCCAAGGAUAAGUGUGUUUGAUAAUGAUAGGAUGAGGGUUAUGAUACAGCGGAGUGUUAUUUGUGGCGGGUCAGAUGAUAUAUGCGCGUUUGCUAUGCCUAGGGUUGCUGAAAGCGUGUGCUACCAAAGGAGACGUGUGGAGAGGUCGAUGUCUAGGGGUGAAGCAUUAACACCCAAGUGCCGCACUGCACGAAGAGCGUACAGCACACCAGCUGAACAAACUGCUCCUGCUUCUGGUGAUCCAGAUGGAUGUGCUCAUGCUGGGACCUCCAGAUUUGGGAGUUCUACACCUCAGGUUGCUGACAUUGGAAAGUUCCUGAACCCAGGAGGAUUGUUUGAGUACUUGAAGAUUAAAUAUCCAAACAUUAUCGGAAGUGGUGUAGUCAACCUUCUGAAGAGACACAAUGCCAAUUGUGUAAGGCAUUAUGUAGAACAUCAGCGUCAGCUUAUAAAGGAAAAUAUAUUGUUGGCGGAGGGCUUAAUUGAGAUGAUAGGCCAGGAAUGUAUUGCAAGCAGUGAGAAGGGUCAAGGGGUCUCGAGGUUGAAGACUCCUCCUGGUAUCGGUACAAGGCGGUGUAGUAGUGAAGGUUUCAUGGGCCAUAGAUUGGAGGUGGAUGAUUCUGAAGGUACAAGGCGAGCUAUUGCUGAAAGUUUGAGGGGCCAUAGAUUGGAGUUUAGUGAUUCUGAAGGACAUGGGGAGAGUUCAAUGAUGGACAGCAUGCUGCAUGACAAUCGACAUCCAUCAUCGGAUAUUCGUAGAAAGAGAGACAGCUUCAACUCCUUAGGUGGCGAUGCAGAUAGGAUAAAGCGUUUUACGUCGGAAGGAAGUGUGUCUGUUCAAUCGGGGAAGUCACGGCUGCUGGAAGAUCGAUCUGAUAUGCCAUCAUUUGAUCUAGGAAUUGAUGAUGAUGUUGAGGUUGAGGUAACUCAAGUACACAGGGGAGAAAUAUCUAGUCCCUUGACUGUGACACCUACCGGUAGCGCAGCAGCAAAACGAAAAUUGUCUCCAAGAUCUUCGAAUAAAAACUACAGCGAGCUUUUGAUAGGUGGGAUGCUAAUGCUUGAGGAUGACAAAGGGACUAGUAGUGAGGGUAAGGUUUUGUUUGGUGCAUCCACAACUACACCACUUCCGAGACGGAAGCUUGCAUUUGGGGACUUCGCACCUAAUCCUUUCUACAAUGGUCAUGUGCAUCGGAAACCAACCCCUGAAUCCAUUCUGUCUCUGUCUAUAUGGGUGACGGGACAAUAUGUUACGGCUUUAGCCAGGCCAUGGGUGACGCACCCAUAUCCACGUCAUAUUGAAGUUACUGGUUUUGAAAUCAAGCGUCAAUUCUCUGGAGCAGAAAAGAUGGACACAGACAUGUUUGCUUUGAUUGUGAGGAGGUUUGCACAACUUGAUGGGAGCAUGAGCACUGGAAAUCCUGAGCUGCGGUGGAGGCAUUUCCUGGAGCCAGAUUUUGCGGCAUUUGCACUUGCAGGUAAUGAUGUUUCACAGUUGCUAUCAAUACAGAACCAGUUUAGAGGAGAUUGCGUGUCAUACAACCUGGCUCGUACAGAGAUGUUGAUUGUACCAGCCAGUUUAGCUGAUGGGUGGGUCUGUUAUGCAUGGGACAUGAAGCACAAGACCAUCUAUGUUCUGGACCCCCUGAAUCUUACAGAGAUUAGUGAUGAUCGUCGGUCGCUGCAUGAAGACAUAACUAGUGUGCUGCAUAGUGCACUCUGUAGAUGUUUGGCGCAGUAUUUUGAUGACUGGGUGCUUUCAGAGGCGCCAUGGUCGCGGACCUACCCUAUGCUUGCGAGGAAAAAUUUUUCUGAGAAAGAAUCUGGGAUUGUAGCAGCCUACCUAUCAAGGAACUUUGACGGGAAGUCUGUGGAUGUUGCAAUAGAUGAGGAGGUGUACGCGCGCACACAACAAAGGUUGCUAUAUGAACUCCUUGAAUUGGAAGGAAACAUGUCGACGCUACCAGAUGAUGUUGUGAAAGCCAUGAGCAGGUUCGAGUAAGUAUGGGCUAGGUCGGGACUGGGUUCUCGAGG